AUGAGCAAUGUGUCUCUCUCGAAUGAACGACAGUCAUCAGAAUUCACUGUCGAACGAAAUUCAGACUUUGAAAACUCCAUUUAUUGGAUAGCUAAAAUUAGAACUUUGGAUUUUGAAGAACCGAUGCUUUUUGUCCAGUGUGGUCUUUUUAAAUUUAACACUCUAUGA